UCGCCUACCGAUCUUCCCCGCCCGCCCAGCACGCUCCCCCGCCGGCUGCAGCCAAUCGGUGGCCGCUCCGAGGACCGAACGCCGGAAGACCGCGCCGAGCACCGGAGGUGACGCCGGGGCGUGCUGACGCGCGGGACCGAGCCGAGACCGACUCCGCGCCCGCCAUGGCCGACAAGAUGGACAUGUCUCUGGACGACAUCAUCAAGCUGAACCGCAGCCAGCGCGGCGGCGGCGGCCGGGGCCGGGGCCGAGGCCGGGCCGGCGCCCAGGGCGGCCGCGGCGGCGGCGGGGCGCAGGCGGCCGCGCGCGUGAGCAGGGGCGGCGGGCCCCUCCGGAACCGGCCGGCCUUGGCCCGCGGCGCGGCCGGCGGCAGGAACCGGCCGGCGCCCUACAGCAGGCCCAAGCAGCUCCCCGAUAAGUGGCAGCACGACCUCUUCGACAGCGGCUUCGGGGCCGGCGCCGGCGUGGAGACGGGCGGAAAGUUGCUCGUGUCCAAUCUCGACUUUGGAGUAUCGGACGCCGACAUCCAGGAACUCUUCGCAGAGUUCGGGACGCUCAAGAAGGCGGCCGUGCACUAUGACCGCUCGGGCCGCAGCCUCGGUACGGCCGACGUGCACUUCGAGCGGAAAGCAGACGCUCUGAAAGCCAUGAAACAGUACAACGGUGUCCCCCUAGACGGCCGCCCUAUGAACAUUCAGCUUGUCACGUCACAGAUCGACACCCAGCGAAGGCCUGCCCAGAGCAUUAGCAGAGGCGGCAUGGCCAGGACCCGAGGUUCGGGAGCCUUCGGCGGCGGGGGCGCCCGGAGAGGUGCCCGUGGUGGCAGCCGAGGAAGGGGCAGAGGCGCCGGCAGAAGCGCAAAGCAGCAGCUGUCUGCGGAGGAGCUGGACGCCCAGCUGGACGCCUACAAUGCUCGGAUGGACACUAGCUAAGCCCCGACGACCCCGAGCACUGCAGGACCCAGACGCUUCACCCAAGCUCACGGGAGAGCGACCCUGGGCUGUGGCCAAGAUUGCGACAUGUUUAUUUCUUUUGUGUUUGAAAAUAGAUUUUACAAGCUCAUGUAAAGGCUUUUUGUUUUGUUUUGUUUUGUUUUUUAAUUCUGAAACAGACCUGUUUUGUACCGAGUUAUUUUUGGGAUAAAUUUUACUGGUUGCUGUUGUGGGGAAGGUGGCGUUUCCACCUUUGCCAUAAUAAAAAUGUGUGUAGAA